AUGGGAGCAGCAAGUUCGCGUGAGAAUGAGACGGCAGCGCAGGAGUUUGUCGACAGCGUGACAACUGACAAUGGUGUUACGGUCUUUAGCAAGAGUUAUUGUCCGUAUUGCGACUUGGCCAAGGACGUGCUGGACGAAGCUGGCGUCACGUAUCAUGUAGUGGAGCUUGAUAUGAAAAAAGACGUACCUACUGGUGCCGAUAUUCAGAGUGUCUUGGCUACUCGAACCGGACGUCGGACGGUGCCUAAUGUCUUUAUUAAGAAGGAAUCUAUUGGUGGAGGCACUGAUGUACAGGCUCUGUUUCAUUCAAGGAAAUUAACGGAAAUGUUACGCACAGCGGGGGUCUUGUGA